GUCCCCCACCGCCGUGCGGUUUAUACACACUUUGUUCCUUACAAGUUCGGCAAGGAAUUGUAAUGUCCGGGGAUGCGCUGACCCCGGAAGAAAAGACGAGGUAUGACGCCGCCCGCAAGGAGCUUAUGCAAGCCUUGACGAAGAGGCGGACCGCGGACAAGCAGCUGACGUCUAUUGAGGUCGACAUCUACGAACUUGAGGGCAAAUAUCUUACUGAGACCGCUGCGCACAGCGGGGGCAAUAUCAUUCAUGGAUUUGAGGGCUACCUCAAGAAUGCCCCUGGAGGCAGGAGGAAAUAUGAGGUGAACGAGUCCGACCGGAUAUUUUCCAGCAGCAGUGCAACGUACACGAAGUCCUUGGACCUCUCUGGGGAGGACGAUUCAUUUGGAGAUGACCAUUCGCGCCUAACCACACCCGGAGUGACCACUGUCAUCGUACCUCCCGCCACACGCACGCAGGAGCUCUCAGCCGCACAACAGAAAAAGAAUCGUGAUAGAGAGUACCAAAGGAAGAAACGAGCUAACGCACGCAAUACCACUACGCCCGUAAGCGAGGACGAAAGUGUGACAUCCUCACGAAAGCCCACCAAGAGGGCAAGACUAGCUGACGAUGAGUGAGGGGUCGUGUCGGGUUCCCUGCACUGAUGCCUGGUGUACAACUAGUCGUGUAUUUGUAUUGUAUUAUAACACUGCUCGAUGUUCAACAAAGGACCAC